AUGCACACAACAUUGAUCGCCAUCGCCAUCGUGCACGCACUCGUCAAGCACGUUUCAGCGCAGACGUGCGCGCUCGCUAGCGAAAUCGCGCGAGAAGAUGUCAAGAACGCGCUGGCGUCGGCGUUUUACGUCGACGAAGGCUCCACGUGGAUGUUCGAUUUCGACCAACUUCCUGCCGAUUGUACUGAUUGCGGAAACGCAAAUCCAGCUUCCACGUACGGGUGUCCACGAUUCAGCGUCUCGCGCGUGAGACGCCGUAGCCGCCGCACACGUGGCGACGAUGAAGAUGCGCCGCGGCGCGUCGUGAGAGCGUCGGCGACCGAACCGGAAUAUCACACGUUGCCGGUUUUGGACAGCCCGAACAUCGAGUUUGCGGAGGGAUCAUCUCCGGGUGCGCAACGGGAUGGAGUUCUGCCACAGACGUGUGAAUGGACUCUUGAACCGACGGAAGUCGUACUUAUUUAUGGUUGCACUCCGUCCGCGCUGGCUUACUUCGGAAUCACCCCGUAUUGGUAUCGGUUAGGGGGAGCCACGUCAAGUCUCGUGUUUGCGAGUUUGAGUGACACGUUCAGCAUGGGUGAAAACGGCGACUUCGGCGCGUUUACGCGUUUGAGCACAGAGGCAGCCACCGUGUCUCCCGGGACGUUCAUUCGUGCGCCAACUGCGCCCUGGAACUCCUCGUUUUCGUUUAUAAUGUCGCGAAACAGAGCCGCGCUUUCCCUCGCCGCGGCGGUACUGCGUGACCGCGGUUUAGUGGUGAACGAAGUGGGCGUACCGCCACCGCCAUCUUCCGAUUCGACGUAUACGGUGCUUUAUCGCGGCGCCUUACCGGCGUCAUCUGAGGCUUGGAAAAACUGGGUAAGGGCUCCACCCAUCACGACGCUUCGACUAAAACCGAAGUCCGCCGCCGCGCCGGAAGCGAUUUUCGAAGCCGCCGCGCCGUUGAUCGCAAGGCGCACGGUCGAUGAGCUCAGUCUCACGCAAGCGUACGACGCUCUCGUGAGCGCGGUCCGCGAACGCGUGGCGAGCGUUCCCGGACGAGACGCCGCGGUUGCGGCCACCGUGAGACCUCAAAUCGUGAUUGAUUCUUCGAUGACAUGCGUCAACUUUCGCAUCAAUUGCGGCGGAGACAACCGUGACACGAACUACAUUCGAGCGCCAGCGUUUACGCUCGCAUCGAACGACGACUUGGUGUACGCCAUCGGCGUGCGUCACGUCUGGACGCGAAACGCCUAUUAUCACAGCGUCGCGUUGUACAAUCGCGCCCGGCGUCUCGCCGUCGUAUCCAUCGAAGACGCCGUCUUCAAAAACUCCGCCGCGCCGUGGUCGACAUCCGACGCGUUUUACGUCGUCGCGUUCGCGCGCGAUUGCUCUCGACACGACGUCCCCAUCGGCGUCCCGUGCGUCGACGUGCCGCAAAACGGAUUUCCGAGCGCCUCCCGCGACGAAUCCAUCGAGCUCUGGGAGCGUCCGUACUCCACCUAUUCCACCACCAUCGGUCCGUGGUGGCAAUCUAUGAUUUUACCGACGCUAGUGCGUUCGAUCCCGGCGCCGCCGCCGUCGUCGUCGAACCCGUUCUCCGCGCUCUUCGCGUCGUUUUAACAA